AUGAUGAGCGGUGAAGCGCGCCACCAGCGACACCAGCCCGUGGAGGAAGGCUGGACUGGGCCCUUCCACUUCCUUGCACUGGCAGACCCGCAACUGGGCACCCUCCAUUCAAACGAGGCCUGGGACGAAGAGCUUGAGAUGCUGCGCAAGGCGAUUGCACACGCCAACCGCCUCAAGCCAGCCUUUGUUGUGUUCCUGGGAGACCUGGUACAUGCCUUCCCCGAUCAGAGCGAAGAGCUGAAGCAGAUACAGACGCAGCAAGUGGAGGACUUUAGAACUGCCCUCGCGGAGAUGGACAGCAACAUCCCCAUCUACUACGUCAGCGGCAACCACGACCUCGGCAACAAGCUCACACACAACGCGCUGCAGCUGUACCGGCAGCGGUUUGGGCCAGACUUCUUCGAGUUCACCUGCCGUGGCGUGCGUGGCGUUGUCCUCAACACGCAGGCAUUUGACGAUCCCGACGCCACGGAGCUCGCCGAGGAGCAGAUCCGCUUCUUGCAAUCGGCGCUGGAGAUUGAGGAUGACAAUGGUGAUGACGAUGGUGAUGACGAUGAUGACAGUGCGCAGGACCAAGAGGGAAGGAGGGGUGAUGCGAGCAAGAAGUCUCGUGGUGCUGAGCGUGACACACGGCCGAGGAUUGUGCAGAAGAUUGUGUUUGGCCACAUCCCGCCGUUCCUGUUUGAGGAAGACGAGCCCGAUGGUUAUUUCAACAUCGCCCCCGAAAUGCGUGCGCGCCUGCUGGGCAUUGCCAAGAAGGCGGGCGUGAGGCUGUGGAUGUCUGGGCACUACCACCGCAACGCCGUGGGCAGAGCCGGCGAGCUGGAGGCAGUCACCACCAGCGCUGUUGGCACGACCUUGCAUCCGAGUGGCAUUGACCCGCUUGGACUGAAAGGGUUUGAUGACUUCCAGUGCGGCGAGCAGCACUCUGGGUUCCGCGUUGUUCGUGUGUAUGAGGAUCGUAUUGAGCAUGACUGGUACACCAUGGCCAACGUGCCCCAGUCCAUCGCACUCUGA